AUGCUCUGUGCUGGGAAUGUUUGCUGGCCAUUACUGUGUGUGCUACAAGUUACCGCAGUUGUGAUAUUUGCAUUGGGAUUUUUCACCAAAGGAUUGCGCUCGCCAGCUACAAAUGGAACUACGCAAGAACUACGGGGUUUUGAAGGAUGUCCAAAAAGUCUGGUGAAAAAGCCUUCAGCGGAAGGGCCUGGAAGCACGAAAAUGGUAAUUGUAUUGAUUGAUGCCUGGCAGGAGCAGUUUUUUUUCAACAGGCAAGAAAUGCGUUUUUUACGGCAAAUUACACUUGAUGGCGCAGCACUGGCCUUUACCGCACACGUACAAACUCCCACCGUAACGAUGCCACGGAUAAAAGCGCUGACCGCUGGCGUAGUUCCAUCAUUCGCUGAUAUUGUGCUAAAUUUUGCGACCACAUCGAUUUCGAAUGACAAUAUUAUUGAUCAACUUAAAGGUAACGGUUACAGGUUGACAUUUUGUGGCGAUGAGACCUGGUUACAAUUAUUCCCUGGUCGUUUCGAUAAUCAUUCGGUGGGUACCGCAUCGUUCUACGUCAAUGAUUAUAAAGAGUUGAACGGCAGAUCAGUAACUCGAAGGGUGUCCAUUGUUUUUUGGGAUUUAAGGAAAAAGCAGUAA